ACAAGAUGGCGCUGCAGAAGAAGUUUGGUGCAUUUAUGUUUUUUAAAAUUUUGCUGGGUUUGAUAACUUUUCAGCUCAGUUUAGCAAGCGUUACCGAUGAUAACUUCAAAGAAGACCUUCUCAUCACGCCUCUUGAAAAUGGCUUUGUGAAUUCGUAUUUUAAAUUCACAACGGAAUGGAACACCGGUCUCCCUUUGGAGAGGCUCCACUACAACCUGUUCCCCAAAUCCUUGGGCCAGGUCAUUAGGAAGCACCAGGUCCAGGAACUACACCUGUCUCUGACCCAGGGUCUAUGGAGGCAUGAUAAGUGGGGUUAUCCACCGGCAGGGGCUCCACCAGGCACCCAGCUCUGGGUCUGGUUCACAGAGGAAACUAGAGAUGUUGACCAGGCGUGGGGUGACCUUGUGAAUGCUCUCUCUGGGCUCUUUUGUGCAUCCUUAAACUUCAUUGAUGAAACAAAUACAGUCAAGCCUGAACUGUCUUUUAGACCACAAGGAAUAGCUUCAGAAGCCUAUGCUAGAAACACCAGCCUCCUUCGCUAUGCCAGCCUUCCUCGUGAGGUCGUUUGCACUGAGAACUUGACCCCCUGGAAGAAACUCCUCCCAUGUGACUCAAAGGCUGGCCUUGCAUCGCUCUUCAAAGCCGACAAGCUGUACAAUGCCCACUAUCAUUCCUUGGCAGUUGACCUACGGCCGGUGUGUCGGUCAGGGGAGACACCCUGUGUGGAGUCUGCAGUAGAGCUGACCCAGUCGCUGACCGUUGUCUUCAGACCCUUGGUACAGAGCCAGCAAGGCCCUCGACAGGAUGUGUCCUUGAGGGCCCUAUUUGGCAAGGUCUUGAGCGGGCCAUGUCCAAUGGCAUCCAGCAGUAGAGUUAUGGUGGAUUUAUCCAAGAAUCAUUCCUCCAACCCCUUGACCCUAAGUCCUCCUCCCUCUGAAACCAUCAUCAAAUCCACCGGAGAGCGGAGCAUCGUUUACGCUGUCUACGAUGUCAAGGAAUGGUCUGCAAGAAAAGAGACACUCAACGUUGCUCUGAGAUGGACGCAAGCUCUCAAAUAUGGACCUGUUGAUUCGCCCCCUCUCCUGGCAUACCGAUACCUGUCGGGCUAUGGACAGGAGAAGGGAGGAGUGAGCUGUCUGCUACGGAAUAACCUUGACCAGCCUCUCAAGGUCAUAUACACCGAGACCAUCCCAUGGUACAUGAGGCUCUACCUACAUACUCUACAGAUAAGAACUGGAGACAAGACCAUUGAACCAGAUAAUGUAGUAUACGUACCUGGAAGAGAUCGGUCCAACCCCUACAUGCUAGAGGUCGUAUUGACCCUGCCGGCGACCUCUGACACGACCCUGAGGAUAGACUUUGACAAGGCUUUUCUUCGAUGGACAGAGUACCCACCAGAUGCAAACAUUGGAUUCUUUAUCAAUUCUGCCAUUGUGAGUGUGAUGCUUCCAAGGGCAAGUAAUAUAUCAGGAGCUGGUAUCAUCGGUACUGCAGUAAGUGAUGUCAAUAUGGCAUCCAGCUUCUUCUUGCGGCUGUACACUGAGCCUCUGCUAAUUCAGCUUCCCACGCCUGACUUCAGUAUGCCAUACAAUGUGAUCUGCCUUGCUUGUACAGUGGUUGCCAUAGGCUUUGGCUCUCUCCACAACCUCACCACCAGGAAGUUUGACUUUGUGGACAAAUCCAGCAGCGACGGCGGCAAUUUGGUGACGAGGUUGCUGGCAAAGUUCAGGAAAAAGAAGGAUGAUGGAGGGAAGGAGGGAGGUGGGGAUGGGAAGGAGGAGAAGAAGAAAGAGCAAACAGGAGAUGAGGGUAGUAUACAAAAUUCAGGAGAUAAUGAUGUAGAUACGUGAUGAAGGCUUUGGAUUUGAUGUUGUAAUUUUAUAAUGUUUCUUUUGUGAUUUACAUUGGGUUAUACAUCUGAAAUCCCCCCAAAUCCUCAUGCAUUGAUUUGAAAAGUAGUAGAGUCUGUGGCAUGUCAAGAUCAACUCGUAUUCUGUUCACUCAUGUACCGAUACUAUUUGACAGCUUAAAAUUUUAAAAAGACUGAUUUAAUCAUAUUAAGGUCUUUCUUAAACUGAUGGAGAUAAAAAGAAUGAUCAUUGCCAGCAAAUUCCCUGUUUUGAAAAGGUAAUUGUUUCUUUUGUUAAUUGCAUCUCUUUUUUCUGAUUCUGUUUUCUUUUUGCAUUUUGAAAAUUUGCUGGGAGGAUAAAUGUCAACGUUACCUGGAAAUAUUCAUUUUUAGAUGGAAAAAAUUGACUUAUUUAUUGUUUUUAUUCAAUCUCUUGAUAUUUUGGAUGGAAUUUUCAUCAUAUAAAAAAUAGCACCUUCAUGCUUUUGUAUCAUGGCUUGAUAAUCACUUUAAUUUGAAUUUGUGGAUAUAAAUUGGAAAUAUAGCAAAUCAUAAUUCCCUCAGAUAUAAUAAUGCUAUGUUCAUAGGUUAUACAGAGUAUACACGUCUGCUGCUGUAAGUUUGAAGGAAUAUGGUUAUGGUAUCUCACUUUGAAAGAAUAAGAUAAGAAUGAUAAAUUUGAGCCAUGUGUUCAAACUUUUAUGUUUGUAUAAGCACAUGUUUUGUGUCUGUAUGGUUUUGUAAAAAUGGCUGCGGUUCUUUCAUUGCUAUUCUUAUUUUCUUUUUUUAAUUUGUAUGGGAUAAUGCAUAUAUUUUCAUCACUCAUGUUAAGAUUGUUUAAGAUUACGAUUGAGAUAAGAUUGAUUGCUUCUAACAUUCCUAUACAGUCAAACCUGCUUUAGUGACCACCUGUAUAGAAAGACCACCUGCUUAUAAAGACCACUUGCUUGUCUUCCUUGGGUGGUCUUUAUAGACAGGUUUCACUGUAUUAUGCAUCCUCAGGUAGAAUACUAAUGGACUUUAAUUCUUUACAUAGUCAGCAAGAUUGAGUAAUGAAUAUAUAGACACUAGCUGAAGAGAAAUUGUAGUUCAAUUGAUUGACAGCCUGAUAUAUUUAGUUUAAUGAUUACCUACUGUUACAAAGGUUAUUAUGAUGCUUAAUACUAAGGUACAUGUAUAAGCAUUUUGAUAAACAGCUUUCCAUUCCCAUCUCAAAGCAUGUUAUGGGAUAUUGAUUGUGACAUUGUAAUAAAAUAAUUUCUUUGACAUAGUGCUCUUACAAACUGAACUGUUGUUAUACAGCGCUUUACAUCAUUGAUAGAUUAUGAAACGCUAACUGGUAAUUCUUCUAAGCGUUAUACGAAUUAUCAUUGCCUGAGCUUUACCAGUCAUAAUAGGGAAAUGGUAGCUCCUUAGAUUGAUAUUAUCUCCUUAAAAUAACAUUCUUUAUUGUAUUUAUGAACUUUGUCAAGUCAAGAUUACAGAGUAAUUGUCAAUUUUGUUUUCUGAAAUGUCAUGUUUUCAAUCUUUCCUGCUUUAUCUCAAAACACAUGUGUCUUGUUGCCAUGUGUUGUAACUUUUGUGCAAAUGAAUGUGACUACAUUUGAGCCUUAUUAUCAUGCAAUUUUAUAUCAAAUAAAAUUUGAUGACAACAAUCUC